GUUUGGUCCCGUUUACCGGCGCCAAUAUGAAACGGAUAAGACGAAAUGUCGAUGAUGCUAAUGGAUUUGGCGACGAAACAGUGAGCGAGAGUAUUUGUGUCACUAAAAAUUAGCAAAGUUUUUUCAGUUUGCUGUGUAAAUAAGUAGAGAAUAGAAAAUGACAGGUUCGGAGACAGCAGCUACAACUACAAGUACCGAGAAAGCAGCGAAUAAUCCAUUAGAACAGUUUGUCUUGCUGGCAAAGACUGCAAAGGGUGCGGCAGCAUUGGAAUUAAUAAAGCAAGUUGUAGAGACUCCUGGAGUCCAUGUAUUUGGUGAGCUGUUAGAUAUGCCUAAUAUUAAGGAAUUAGAAAAUGGUCCUCAUGCGGUAUAUUGGAAAACGCUGAAUCUCUUUGCUUAUGGAACUUACAAGCAAUAUUUGGAAAAUAAAAGUCAACUACUUGAAUUAACACCCAUUCAGAAAAAGAAACUUCAACAUUUGACGAUUGUCACAUUGGCAACAAAGUCAAAGUGUAUACCCUACUCGGUUCUUUUGGAAGAAUUGGAUAUAAAGAAUGUCAGAGAUUUAGAAGAUUUGAUUAUAGAAGCAGUUUACGCCGAUAUUAUACAUGGGAAAUUGGAUCAAAAGAACUCUCAGUUGGAAGUUGACUACGCUGGCUUGGGACGCGACGUUAGGCCAGGCGAUACUGGUGCUGUAGCCGAAACUCUCGCGGAGUGGGGACAAGCAUGCAAUGCUAUUUUAGAAUGCAUCGAACAGCAAGUUGUGCGAGCGAAUGCUGAAAAGCAACGAGCGACCCAUCACAAAGAAAAAAUACAGCAAGAUAUUGCAAACAUAAAAAAGACCUUAGUCACUCAAACUGGUGCUGCUGGGGUUCAAGAAGCAGAUAUGGCUGCUGGUGGUUCUGGUACAGGAGGCAGCGAAUCUUGUCGAGAAGCUUUGCCCGUUCCACCUGAUCCAAAAAAGAAACAACAAAAAGGAAAGGGUAUUAGAGGGAGUGGUAAGUUUUGGAAGACUUAAGUAGGUUCUUCGCAUUGGUUAUGAAACUCAUUUAUGGUGAUCGAUAUGAAAACAUCGACCAAGACAUACUGAACUUAGCGAGGGAAACAGGAAUUAAGUAAUUCAGAGCUUAUUUCGACUGCUUAAUAUACAAGAAAAUGCUCGCAAAUCCUUGGCAAUGCUAAUAUCCUCUAUGAUGAAUGGUCAUUCAAAUAUAUAUUUUAUAUGUGUGUUUAGGAUGUAUUUAAAAAAACUUUUAUAAUAAAAGAAAACUGCAGUUAAUUAUUAUGUAGGCUUCAAGAAAGUAUUUU